AUUGAUAUCACCAUGGAUCAAACAUGGAUUUUUCUUGUUUUCCAUCACUUUAGAGCAUUUAGGUUUUUCUAAAGUUAUUGUAUCUUUUAUCAUAAAGUUAGUAGUAUUCUUUACAUAAAUACUAGUUCCCCUUCUCUCGUAUCUCUACAAUUAUGUACAGCGUAAUAAUUUUUAAUGAUAUAAUAUUGCGUUUUAUUUUGAUAGAUCCAUGCUUCAGUUAAUAUCAAUAGAUGAAUGUUAUGUUGUUAUGUAGGGUCAAGUGAGGUAAUUGUAAAAACGGGGUAAAUGUAAAAGACGUGUUUGUCAAAUAGCCGCGGGCUUUAAAAUGUAGGUGGUGCUUUUAACCUUGGGCUAUAAUGUACAUGAUCAGGUUGCAUUUGUAUUUCGUGGGAUGAGGUUUUAACGCACGUGUUUUUGAAAUGUGUCGAAAAAACUAAAAAUCGUUUUAUAAACGUUGAAUGUUUUUGUAAAAAUUUUGAGUGUGUAUUGAUUAAUACUUAUUCCAAAUAUUUUUAAAAGAAAUGCCUCGCAAAUAUACGAAGAAGGGACCUCAAUAUAGCAGAGAAGAUCUAAGAAGAGCUGUGGAGGAUUUUCUCAAUAAAAACCAGACAUAUCAACAAGCUGAAAACUUUUACGGUGUUCCCAAAUCCUGUAUUUUUCAUCGAAUUAAAGGACGCAAUAUCUCUGUAGAUAAAAUAGGUGCUGGGCGUCCAUCAGUGUUGUCAAAAGAAGAAGAAGAAAAGUUGGUACAGUGUAUUAAAGCUCGUGCUAGGAUGGGUUAUCCCUGUGACAAAGAAGAAAUUAAGAAUAUUGUGGCUCAAUAUGUCGAGAUUUCUCAAAUUAAAAAUCCCUUUAAAGAUGGUAUACCCGGAGACGAUUGGUACUACGGGUUUUUAAAACGAAAUCCCUCAAUUUCAUUUAAAAAACCCGAACUACUAGAAAAGACGCCAGAGACCCUGAAGUUGUUUACGAUUUUUAUAAUGAACUUUCGCAGCUUGUUAAGGAUUAUAAUUUGGAAGAAAAACCAUCAUUUAUUUUUAACACUGAUGAAAGUGGAUUUGGUACUGAUCCACACAAACUAAAGGCAUUAGGAGAAAAAGGAAAAUCUUUAGUACGUGUCACAGGAGGAUCAGGCAGAGAAUCCAUUUCAGUGUUGGCAACAAUUUGUGCAGAUGGUUCGUAUUUGCCCCCCUAUAUACUAUUUAAAGGAGCAGCAGUUCAACCAAGAUGGAUUUCAGAAAAAGCUUACCCAUGGACCCUAUACACUACUUCAUCCAAUGGUAGGAUGGAGGAACCCCAGUUUUUUGAAUGGUUUUCUACAGCUUUUGUGCAAGAGGUUCAGAAUAAAAGAAGGACACGGGGAACACCAAAUCAAACAGCUCUUUUAAUGUAUGAUGGGCAUAGUUCUCACAUAAACUGUCGUAUUGUAAAUGCGGCACUUGAUAACAACAUUCAAGUUUACAAAUUUCCGAGUCAUUUGACUGAUAAGAUCCAACCAUUGGAUAAAUGUGUCUUCGGUCCAGUGAAAACGGCUUGGACAAAAAAAUUAAUAACCUUCACGAAAAAACAAAUUGGUAAAAGUAACAUAAGGUUAUCAAAAUCCCAAUUUGUUGAGUUAUUAGGAGAGGUUUGGAGAGAUUCUACGAAACAUGAUAACAUCGUUAAAGGUUUUAUUUCUACUGGCACAUUUCCAGUUGAUUCAACAAAAUUUCCUGAGGCAGAUUUUAAUCCUGUUUUGUUAAGAAGGUAUAAAGAAAAUCAGCUAAAAUCUAAAAACUCAUCCACACCAUGCACUAGCCCUACACAAUUUACAGAAAAUAUUGAAGAGCAAACUCCGAGGCAAUCUCCUAUUGAAAAUCUUAAAAUAUUAAGUGUAAAUAAUCAAGCCAAUACUACCUUAGAAAACAACACACUUGAUAUAAAUUUGGAAAAAAACGUUUCUAAAAUCUCUGGUCCUGAACUUGCUAUUCCUUCGAUCUCUACCCAUAAAACUCUAAUUAAAACCCCAAGUAAAAUAAUAUAUAUUUUCUGUCAAGCACUGAAUACCAGCUACGACAAAUUAGAGGUUGUUAAAAGAAGAAUUAAUCCAGUACCAAGAUUAAAGUCUGUAAAAUACGGUGAAAUACUUACUAAUGAAAAAGUCGUGGAAAAAAUGAAAUUUAUUGAAGCUCAAAGAAGGGAAAAAGAAGUCAAGAAAAAUAAGAAUAAAGAAAAUAAAGAUUUAAAAAAGAAACAAAAAAAGACAGGUAAAAAGAAAAAUCCAAUUGAAACUGAUUCAGACAAUGAAGACCUCGAUGAAAACAAUACAAAUAAUUAUAGCUCAGAUGAUUCUGAUUUUCUGGAAUCUUGCAUAAAAGAAAAUUCGAAAGAAGUAGAUUAUGAACAGCCAGAAUGAAACAAACUUAAACCCAGCAUGUUUUUAAUGAUAGACUUUUUGGGGGGCCCAAGGAAAACAAACCAUUAUCAAUAUGUAGUAUGCAUUGAACAAGUAUCUAUAGAUGAGGGGGAAAUCUAUGUCAAUUGUUUUGGAAGAGAAGAUAAACAUUCUACUGUUUUUGCUGCUCGAGAAGAACCAACUACAGAGAUUGAGUUCAGCUCAAUAGUAGCAAUUUUACCAGACCCCAAAAUUAAGUUGGAAAAAAAAAUUGCUGUAUAUUUUUCCUGGCUAUGUUAGUGUAUUUGAAAAAUAGACCAUAAUUGGGCAAAAACUGGGUUAACUAGAGUUAAGUUUUUAAUUUUUCUUUAUGUUUUUUUAAGAAGUGUCUUUGUAGGCAUCUUUUCUUUAAUAAAAACUACU